AUGCAAGCCAAACCCGCCCAUUCAUUGCAUCUUGCUGCUACAAAAAAAAGUUUGAAGCAUGUCUGGCAUUCUUUAGACACUAAAAAACAGCUGCAUGAGUUUCGGAGUAUUGAAGGGAUAAAAAAGUUUGAUUAUGAGCCCGUAUUGGACGAUGCAGAAUGCACGGAAUGUGAAAGCACGGAUACUACCGAAUCUGAUUGUGACUUGCAAGCAGACUCGUUUGAAAGCCCUGACCGUAAGCUAGCAGGGACUGUCAGCUGUGAUCACUUUGAGUCUAUAUCUCGCCAUGACAGUGAAUUGUUGACAGAUAUGUAUGCAACGUCUGAAGCGACCAAAGUGGAUAUACAUCCGCAUAAUGAGACUGAACAGACAGAAUGUGAUGAUCAUAGCGCGUCUAAUCCAUCAUGCUUACAUUUUCCACUCGUACUUGGCACCAGAGGGAAAGUAUUGACUCAGAGUCAGUCUGGAAUCAAAUUGAAGUUUUUAAAUCAAGCUCUUUGUAAAGAGAAAAAAGUUCGAGAUUUCAAGCCAAUUGAAAAGCAAGUUGACCAUAUCCAAAAAUGCUCGACAGAACCAGAAACAUUGGCACAAAAGCUUUACACUCCUAGCGUUUCUUGCCAAUCUCCCCUUGACUCGAACAUAUUUUUCCAAGUAUUUCCAGACCACAAUACAACAUCAACCCAAAUUUCUCGUGGACAGUUGGAUACUCCCAUUGUGUACACUACAAAUCCCAUUUCAGACUUUGAUCCCUAUAACCAAAUAUCGAGUGACUCAAAAAACUACCGGCUUACUUAUUUGGAGCAUAUAAAUGAUGCACCUAGAUCGCUAUCCAAACCUACCAGCACAACUCAGCUAUUUCAAACUCCAAUUGAAACUCAAACACAAGAUCGCAACAUCAAGAUGCGCCAAAUAAACCGUGGCGACGUUCCAAACCCAUUUCAAAUUCAAAAAUACACAUUGUCUGACAAGGCUUCCAACACAUUGAAUGUAAUGUCUAGACCUAUAUCUCAGUUUGAUUCAAUCUCACAUACAUUGCAAAAAAAUACAAUCUCGCUUCAAAAAGCUAAACUUUCAAAACGACUCUAUCCAACAAAAUCAUCUACACUUCCAAUAGAUACAACUCAAGCCCCAGGCACUCAGUUACUCAAUCCAUUUAUUCUUCACAAAAUGCAUCAGAUGCGUUUACAUGCACCAACCUAUAAAUAUAAAAACUUUCAAUGCAAAAGAAACGCGGAUCAUUGUAAAUUGCUUGGAAUCGUGAUAACGUCAGCUCAUGACAAAGAUAUCAGUGAAAUUUACGGAAAUGACAUUGCAAGUGCAGUUGAAAGAGAGCAUAUGCUUGACAUGAUGAAGCGUAUGUAUGAAGAGUCGCUACCACAACAAUCAGAUGCUCUUGAAACAGAUACCCAGAUGCUGCACAAGAGUUUGGUGGAUAUAGACGAGUCAGUGACACGAUCACAAGGAUUGUCAAAUUGCUCAUCUAAAUCUUUCGAGAUUGGACAACUAAGCAAAUCAAAAGAUCGGCCUGUGCUUAAAACCACAGUUGCUACCGUACAUAAUACAUACAAGACAGCGACUACACUACCAAUCACCCUUCAACAGCUUCAAACAAAACCGUUUACUGCAAAAGCAACAUACAAUGUUCGGAACAUCAUGACACGCUAUGGUUCCAACGUUUCAGUUACAAUUGACGGGGCAGAUAGAGGGAGAGAUAAGUUCCAAGCAUCUAAAAAACUGGUAAAGAAAAUAAGAGCCAACUCUGAAUCGUCAAAACCUUUGUGUUGUCCAGCAAUCAAGGAAAUUAAAACUGGAUUAUCAGAAAUUGCUCAGUCAACUCCUUCGAUGUGCAUGCAAAGUUCCACUAUAAAAACGGUUCUUGAGAAAGAUGAACGCGUACCAUGUCUUCACAAGCCUGCAUCUUCUGAACCAUCAGAUGAAUCAAGUCGAUUGUCAGUAAAAUCUGCCUUGUCCACGUCACCACAUUGUUUAUAUGAUAAACCAAUCCACAAUCCCAGUACUUUUAUUCCAUGCCAUCACAUCAGCCAUUCAUCAACUGAAAAACUUGCAGCAGUCCAUAAUAGGACACCAUGCAAAACAUCAUACACAUUUAACCACAAACAAUCUAUUCUUUUAAAUAUGAAUCUAGCAUCAUCUCUUGAAAACAAAGAAACAAAACCUUUUUGUUCUGAAUCUUCCUACCGACCCAUUCAAAAACAAAAACCGCACUUUUCCAAACUGCAUUUUAAGCAGUUUACACCUCUGGGUGCUGUAAAGGCCAUUCAACCUAAAACCGAGUACAAUUUACCUCGACUACAGAUGAAUUCACAUUGUGUGCAUAUAGAUCUUGCAAAAAAGCAUGAUCUGGGUACGCAAGCUUUUAAAAAAACAAGCCCGAUUGUACAUUGUGGGAUAAUAUCAUCAGCAUGUGAGCCACACCUUUCACCCAUGAAUUUAAAGCAUGAAACCAAAAGAUUAGAGUCAGAUGCAAGUAAUGGGAUCAGCAAUGUAGACGAGGCAAACCCUAGUCCAGUAGUACACAACAACAAAACUUUGAAAUUGCCUGCAUGGAUGCAUUCUGCGAUUGAAGGAUUCCAAUAUGUAGAUCAAUGCAUUUUAAAAAUUCAAAGGUUUUGGAAGAUUAGACUGUAUUGUCGUAAUUUCCACUUGCGUAUCUUGUCAGUUAUUCUUAUUCAACGCCAUGUGCGUUUUUUGAGAAUACGCCGAAAAUGUGUCGAGAUGAUUAAAUUGAAACAAGCCAAUUCCAUUUUGGAUAAAUCAUUAUUUCGGAAUCGAAUCCAUGAGCUUGACGAUGCCUUGAGAGUAUCCAAACAGAAUAUUGGCGAUAGAUACUACAACUCGACGCCUUCAGCUGGAACCAUUCAAAACCCAUCCAAACGCAUGUUGUUUGUCAAUACACGAGAGAUAUUUAGUCACUAUCGUCAUUUGCACACAGGCAAGUUGAACACAAUGCUAUACGAAUCAGUACCAUCGGAUCGUGCUAUUGUAUGGAAUCUAUAUGUGAUGCUAUGGGAUAAAAUUCAUACACAGUAUGGAGUUUUUAAACAAGAGCCAACAAUGAAAUCAGGACAGCAAUUCAUUCAAGGACAAAAGGGGUCCAAAGUAGCUGAUGUAUCGCGACAUGAAUCUAGGAUGAAAACACAGACCAGCGAGGUUAUUGCAGAACAGACACCCUUUACAACAGGAGUUGAACAAAACAAAAGUAUGACAGGAUACAAGUUUCAAGAAUGGGAUGAGAUGACAACACAAACUAGACAAAGUAGUUUUAUAGAACAAAAGAGAGAAUUGAUGGCAGCAGCAAUGAAGAAUACACGCAGAUACACGCCAGAGAAAGUGAUAGAACUUGUUUUUGAGUGGAAAGCAGGAAUGAUUCCUACGCAAUAUCGACACUGGAAGAGAAAUCCAAGACAUGGAACGCAGUCGAUUCGAGAACGCAGAGCGUCGCUGUUUGCUUGA